UAGGAGCCAAUGGAGAAAUCACAAAAGAACCGUUCAGAUAAGUCACGUUCACUUUGACGGACUUUCGGCUCGGUCUAUAAAAGAGAGGUACACCUCGAUGGCGCAGUCACAGUCACAGUGAAACCAUACAAAAUGUUCCGUUCAAUUGCCGCUGUUUUCAUCGUGGCCCUACCACUACUUCAGGCUGCUUCUGCUAUCGAUAUUUCUCAGGACAAGAACAUACACGUGGAACUCACCAGCAACGAUGCUGUGCAACAAACAAAAUCGGUAAGUUCCUAUCCAGAGGAACGUGGCCCUCUAUUUAUCGGGGACCUCACCGCCGGCCAACGCUACGCAGACGAAACAGUUUUUCGUCGUGUAAUUGAAUUCAACAAUCCAACCAACACGAUUCAAAGCUCAACGUUAGAUGUAUCUGUUACGAGCGGAGUAAUUCAUUAUAUCAGUGCUCGAAACGUACAAGGCAGUCAAGCAGUUGUCUGUGGCAAUCCAAACGCCUUAGGAGGAAGCAAAACUAGCAUUAAUCUUCGAGUACCACCGAAUUCCUUAGCCACGUUAAAUAUGGUCGUUGCGGCGCAUGACCAUAAUCGCAUGAUCAAGUCUUAGAACGAUGAUAUCAUGCUAAUACUACUAUGUUCUCCAUGUCAUGGUCGAUCGAAUUGUAUUUCUCUAUUGUUAGGAAACAUCUUCAAUUUGAGGAAAAUAUGAAAGAAUUGUUAUUGAUGUAUGUGUGAUAUAGAAAUGUGUGAUUUCUCGUUUCGAUUGUAUGCCGAUAACUUUCUCGAUUGAAACUAUAGUGAGAUUAGCACAUAUCGAAUUCAAGUUACAUAUCAAAUUAAGUUUACAUGAUAUCGACACCUUGCACAUUGAAAAUUUUUAUAAAAUCAAUCAGCAAUCGUAACACAUUUUUAUAGACAGAUAUUUUGAAAUCAAAUGUUUCAUUUCGAGAAGAAGAUUAUGAAUAUAUUAGCUUUUCGUGUUUUCCAUAAAUGAAAAUAAAACAAGAAAUAAUUUUCAUUAUUUCAAUGUCACUGUAUCGCUAUAUCGGCAUAAUUAAAUUAUAAAAGAUUAAGUUUUGAUAAGUGUACCUUAUAUAAUUUUCACCAUCUCUGUGAACAACCAUAACAUUGUAAAUCUCUUUUUAUUCUCUAACUCGUGUGUUUGUCUUUUUUCCUCUUUCACUGAAAACUGAUUCCUCUUGAUAUCAAAUUUUAAUUUAACUAUAAUUACAGUAUAAAUUACAUUACCUCCUCCUAUCCUCUCUUGGAUAUUGAUUAUGGAUACUAUGAGAAUAAAAUAUAAAACCUGAUAAAAGAAAAACGCGUUAUUAGAAA